AAUUAAUAAUAGAAAAACAAAGAAAAAAAAAAAGAAAAAAAGGAGAGAAAGAAGUGUGGCGAAGUUUCAUAUAACAGAAAUACCAGACAAAAACAGUUCCCAUAGAGAGAGAGCGAUUAGAGGAAAACAGAACAAAAAGAGAGAUUGACCAAAACAUUUGAUCACAACAAUGGAAAUGGCCACCAAGAUCGAAAACAGAACGGAUCGAAGAAGACGAAUUAUGAGCAGAGAAAUUGAUCGAAUGGCUCUCAUCACCGGCCGUUUACGUAAUCUCCCUCCUUCCCCACCCCCUUCUCCAUCUUCCCCUUCCCCUUUUCUUUACCAUCAAACUCACCAACGCGGCCAUUCUCACACCGGUAUCUCCCCUUCCUUUUUCUCCAAGGACAUCCACGCCAAUCCUGAUUCCCCUCCUCUUCCCAACGCCCAAGGUGUUCCCAAGCCUAAAGAUGCAAAAGCUACUCCUUUACUGAAGCGUUUGUCAAUGAGUGAAGCUCGAGAAGAAAAAAUUGCUGCCAUAGGAUUCCAAAUCAACCAUAAAAAACUCGACCCCAUAGGAGAAAUACACACUGAAACAGUAUCAACUCCAUCUGCCUCGUCAAUGGUUCAAAAAGUUACCUCCACUGAUAACGAGAUACUCUUAAAAGCACACCCUUCAAAGCCCAAACUCUUCACUUCAAAACGACUAAAUGCCUCCAUUUUAGCUUCUCAAACCACACGAGUUUUCUGUUCCCUAAUCAUCGCAUCUUUGGCCGUUCUAUCGCACGUCAAUCACCCGCUUUCCAUGAUUUGGAAGAUGGUGAGGUCGGAAAGGGUGGUGGCCUCGAAACCUCUCUACAUUCUACUGCUUACCGAUGCAACCAUCGUUGUGGCUAGAAUGUUGGCUGCAAGACAGAAAGACAGUAGAGAGGCAGAGGAAGAAAGCGAGAAAAUGAAGGAAGAUGGACAUAAUUGGGACUCAGCUGUGAAAGUGUUGGAGAGAGGUUUGGUUUUUUAUCAAGCUUUUCGUGCGAUUUUCAUCGAUUUUAGUGUUUAUGCAGUGGUGGUUAUUUGUGGCAUCUCUUUGCUGUAGCUUUUAAUUUAUCAUCUUUUGGUUUUGAUAUAGUACGUGUGAUUGAACCAUCUUCAGUUCUUUGGAGCUUGGAUGAUGAAGCCCAUUUUGAAUGAUCUAUUUAAUUUGUUUCGAUUAUGCUUAACUAUAUAUACAUAUUUCAAAAGGCACCAUUUUGGUGUGCCU